ACUUUUGUUUACGACUUUUACGUAACUCAGUAAAGACGUUUUGGCUAGCUUCAUAAUUUAUAAAGAAAAAUUUUCACAAUGGCUCAAUCAAAUAUUUUUUCUCGACUUCUACAUCCAAUCAGACAGUUAACAUUUAGGUGUGAUAAAGUUACCGUAUUGAGAUUUCUGUCAUCCGACACCAGCAGCGGAGAUAUGUACCCCUCACCUCAAACUGAACCAUGGAUUCCACCAUAUGUUGAAAGGGAAAAUGAGUCAUCCACUUUGAAAAAGGCCAGACUAAUGUAUCAAUCCAGAAAACGUGGUAUGUUGGAAAAUGGUUUGAUUCUCAGCACAUUUGCCUCACGCUACUUGGAUGGAAUGAGUGAUGAUCAAAUGUCUUUAUAUGACAGACUGAUCAAUUUACCCUCAAAUGAUUGGGAUAUUUACUAUUGGGCAACUGGUGUAAGAGAGACACCUGAAGAGUUUAACAAUGAAAUCAUGGAUCUAUUGAAGGAUCAUGUAAAAAAUAAAGAUAAGGAAUCAAGAUUUAAACAACCUGAUUUAUAUUGAUGAUUUCCAUAUGGAUGAUUGUAUUUAGAAUUGAUUUAAUACAUCUUAAAUCUUA